GUUGCUUCACACUUCCUGUCAUGAGGGUGGAGUCUUUCCAUCCACACAGUGUUCAGCACAACUGUCAACCACAGACCAGAGCUGCAUCUUCCUGCCUCUGGAAAUGGAUCAGUUUUUGCUCUUUCUUCUGCUCCUGCUGAUGGGCAGAAAUGGUCUGUGUCAACAAGAAGAAGUUUGCACAAAGUCGGUGAUCAACUCCUGUGAUGACUGUAUCAAAUCUGGGCCAUACUGUGUGUGGUGCAAACAGCUGAAUUUCACCAAAGCAGGUGAGCAGGAAGCAGCACGGUGUGACACCAAAGCUCAACUGAAAGCCAGAGGCUGCGGGGAAGAAGAAAUCAUCUCCCCUAACAUCAGUAUAAAGCCUGAAAAGAAUGUUCCAUUGUCCAAAUCAUUCAACCAGCAGGAGCCUGUCCAGCUAUCUCCGCAGGAGAUUAGUCUGAAAGUACGACCAGGACUUCCUAUCACAUUCAAUGUUUCUUUUAAAAGAGUUGAGGGUUAUCCAGUUGAUCUCUACUACCUAAUGGACCUGUCGUAUUCCAUGAAAGAUGACUUGGCAAAUGUCAAAAAACUGGGAGAAUCUCUUUUUCAAGCUCUGAAAGAGAUCACUGAACAUGCUCAAAUAGGAUUUGGUGCCUUCGUUGAUAAGACAGUCCUUCCUUACACAAACACCAACAAGGAGAAACUGCUGAAGCCAUGUGAUGAGGAAGAGGCUGACCAGCAGUGUCAGGCCGCCUUUGGCUACAGACAUGUGCUCAGUAUGACACCAAGCGAGAAGGAGUUCAGAAACAAAGUGAAAGACCAGUAUAUUUCUGGAAACUUGGACUCUCCUGAAGGGAGUCUGGAUGCCAUGAUGCAGGCUGCUGUAUGUGGGGACAAAAUAGGAUGGAGGAACAGCAGCACUCGGCUGAUUGUACUGACCACUGAUGCUGGAUUCCAUAUGGCUGGUGAUGGGAAAUUGGCUGGUAUACUUGAACCCAAUGAUGAGCAGUGCCACAUGGAGGGCAACCUUUAUAUCAAGAGCAGUGAGAUGGACUACCCAUCUGUUGGACAACUAGCUGCACAGUUUAAAAAACAUAAUAUUCAGCCAAUAUUUGCAGUGACAAAAAAUAUGGAGGCUGUGUACCAGCAACUCUCUAACAUGAUCCCAAAAUCAGAGGUGGGAGUUUUGACAUCAGAUUCUGGUAACAUUGUUCAGUUGAUUAAAGACGCCUACAAUCGGUUGUCCUCCAAAGUAACUGUGACCCAUGACAAUCUCCCUGACGAUGUGAGCGUUGUCUACAAACCUAUAUGCAAACAUCCACAACCAAGCGACAAUGAAGGGAUUUGUGACAAUGUGUCCGUGGGAGAGGAGAUCUCUUUUGAAGUCACUGUGACAGCACGGUCAUGUAUGGAGAGGAAGUCUUUCACUAUCAGACCACUGGGUAUUAAGGACACAUUGACAGUGACCUUAUCAACAAACUGCGAGUGUGAGUGUGAAGUGGAUGAGACAAACCAUGUACACUGCAGGGAGAAGGGAAGAGUCAGCUGUGGUAUUUGCAGGUAA